GUUAGCGGGAAGGCGAUGGCAACAGCAGCAGCCGUUGCAUCAGCGCUAACUACUGCCGCCGGCCGCCGGGAGGGUACAGUAACGACCGCAGGGAGCGUGCAGCUGCUGCGGCGGCAGGUUCCCUGGAUCAGGAAAUUAGGGCAGGCACCGGGGAUUGGAGGCGAGGGCGGCGCGCGAGCCAACCAGCGGCCGCCCCGGGCCCCCGUGAGCCCCGGGCGGACGCGCGGAGCCGCCGGGCCCCAGGAGCAGUCCCGGUGGCGGCGGCGGCCACGGCCACGGCCACUCACGCACGCACACGCUCGCACUCAGACUCGCACACCCCCUGCGCAGGCACCUGGCUGCCCGGAGCUUAUAAAAGCAGCGCGUCUAGGGGAAAGGAGGGCUGGAGCCGCCGCUCCCCACCCCUUUACACCCCCCUCACCCCUCGCUGACCACUCCCCCUCCUGCCCCCUCCUCGCAGCUCACCCCGCGCUCCGGAGGCAGCCGCCAGUGUGGGUGCUCCGCGGCCGGCUCCGCUCUCCUCUGCCUUGCUCCUCUGCUCUCGGCUCCCCACCCCACCCCCUCCUUCCCCUCCCCUCCUGUACCCUCCCCUCCUCUGCAGCGCCUGCAUUAUCUUCUGCCCGCCGGCUCGGCUUGCACUGGUGCUGCAGCCCGGGGAGGGCUGGUAACUUGUUGUGCGGAGCGAGCGGCGGCACCAUCCAGGCGGGCACCAUGGGCACGUCCGCGCGCUGGGCGCUCUGGCUGCUGCUCGCGCUGUGCUGGGUGCCCCGGGAGAGCCGCGCCACCGGAGCGGGAAGAAAAGCCAAAUGUGAACCAUCCCAAUUCCAGUGCACAAAUGGCCGCUGUAUCACGUUGUUGUGGAAAUGUGAUGGGGACGAGGACUGUGCCGAUGGCAGCGAUGAAAAGAACUGUGUGAAGAAGACAUGUGCCGAGUCGGACUUUGUUUGCAACAAUGGCCAAUGUGUCCCCAGCCGGUGGCAGUGUGACGGAGAUCCCGAUUGUGAAGACGGUUCUGACGAAAGCCCUGAACAGUGCCAUAUGAGAACAUGCCGCAUUAAUGAAAUCAGCUGUGGCGCCCGCUCCACUCAGUGUAUCCCCGUGUCCUGGAGAUGUGAUGGUGAACACGAUUGUGACAGUGGAGAAGAUGAAGAGAACUGUGGCAACAUCACGUGUGGCCCCGAUGAGUUCACGUGCUCCAGCGGCCGCUGCAUCUCCAGGAAUUUCGUGUGCAACGGCCAGGACGACUGCAGCGACGGCAGCGACGAGCUGGACUGCGCGCCCCCGACGUGCGGCGCCCACGAGUUCCAGUGCAGCACGUCCUCAUGCAUCCCCCUCAGCUGGGUGUGUGACGACGACGCCGACUGCUCCGACCAAUCCGACGAGUCCCUGGAGCAGUGCGGCCGCCAGCCGCGGAUGCACACCAAGUGCCCCGCCAGCGAGACGCAGUGCGGCUCGGGCGAGUGCAUCCAUAAGAAGUGGCGGUGUGACGGAGACCCGGACUGCAAAGACGGCAGCGACGAGGUCAACUGUCCUUCGCGAACCUGCCGCCCUGACCAGUUUGAGUGUGAGGACGGAAGCUGCAUCCACGGCAGCAGGCAGUGCAAUGGCAUCCGAGACUGCGUGGACGGCUCUGAUGAAGUCAACUGCAAAAACGUCAAUCAGUGCUUGGGCCCUGGCAAGUUCAAGUGCAGAAGCGGGGAAUGCAUAGAUAUCGGUAAAGUAUGUAACCAGGAGCAGGACUGCAGGGACUGGAGUGACGAGCCCCUCAAAGAAUGCCAUGUCAAUGAAUGCCUGGUUAAUAACGGUGGCUGUUCUCACAUCUGCAAGGAUCUUGUUAUAGGGUACGCGUGUGACUGUGCAGCUGGGUUUGAACUGAUAGAUAAGAAAAUCUGUGGAGACAUUGACGAAUGCCAAAACCCGGGAAUCUGCAGCCAAAUUUGUAUCAACCUAAAAGGCGGUUACAAGUGUGAAUGUAGUCGAGGAUAUCAGAUGGAUCUUGCCACUGGCGUGUGCAAGGCAGUAGGCAAAGAACCAAGUCUGAUCUUCACUAAUCGAAGAGACAUCCGGAAGAUUGGCUUGGAGAGGAAAGAAUACAUCCAACUAGUUGAACAGCUAAGAAACACAGUGGCUCUGGAUGUGGAUAUCGCUGCUCAGAAGCUGUUCUGGGCUGAUCUAAGCCAAAAGGCCAUCUUCAGUGCCUCAAUUGAUGACAAGGUUGGUAGACAUGUUAAAAUGAUCGACAAUGUCUAUAAUCCUGCAGCCAUUGCUGUUGAUUGGGUGUACAAGACCAUCUACUGGACGGAUGCGGCUUCUAAGACUAUUUCAGUAGCUACCCUAGAUGGAGCCAAGAGGAAGUUCCUGUUUAACUCUGACUUGCGGGAGCCUGCCUCCAUAGCUGUGGACCCACUGUCUGGCUUUGUUUACUGGUCAGACUGGGGAGAACCCGCUAAAAUAGAAAAAGCGGGCAUGAAUGGAUUUGAUAGACGGCCUCUGGUGACAGUGGACAUCCAAUGGCCUAAUGGAAUUACCCUUGACCUUAUAAAGAGCCGUCUCUAUUGGCUCGACUCCAAGCUGCACAUGUUGUCCAGCGUGGACUUGAAUGGCCAAGAUCGUAGGAUUGUCCUCAAGUCUCUGGAGUUCCUAGCUCAUCCUCUCGCACUAACCAUAUUUGAGGAUCGUGUCUACUGGAUCGAUGGGGAAAAUGAAGCAGUCUAUGGGGCCAAUAAAUUCACUGGAUCAGAGCUGGCCACUCUCGUUAACAACCUUAAUGAUGCCCAAGACAUCAUUGUCUAUCAUGAACUUGUACAGCCAUCAGGUAAAAAUUGGUGUGAAGAAGACAUGGAGAAUGGAGGAUGUGAAUACCUGUGCCUGCCAGCACCACAAAUUAACGAUCACUCUCCAAAGUAUACCUGUUCCUGUCCCAAUGGGUACAAUCUAGAGGAAAACGGCCGGGAGUGCCACAGUACUGCAACUACUGUGACUUACAGAGAGACAAAGGGUUUCGACACAAUAGAAAGUUCGCCAACUAGUGGACUAGCUCCUGGAGGGAUCAAUGUGACCACAGCGGUAACGGAGGUCACCGUUCCUCCGAAAGGCACUUCUGCUGCCUGGGCCAUCCUUCCUCUCUUGCUCUUGGCAAUGGCAGCGGUGGGUGGCUAUUUGAUGUGGCGGAAUUGGCAGCACAAGAACAUGAAAAGCAUGAACUUUGACAAUCCUGUGUACUUGAAGACUACCGAAGAGGACUUGUCAAUAGACAUUGGCAGACACAGUGCUUCUGUUGGACACACGUACCCAGCAAUAUCAGUUGUAAGCACAGAUGAUGAUCUAGCUUGACUUCUGAGAUGAGUCUUGACCUUUGAGGUCUAGACCAAUACCCUCCCCCCACUUCGGAAUGGUAACCGAGCCAACACCUGAAGUCUUUCUUCCUCCAGUCUGGAAGAACAUCAAGAUAUCUUUACAUGGAUCAAGCUUGUCUACUUGACCGUUUUUAUAUGACUUUUGUAAAUAUCCCUGCCCACAUUCUACUUCAGCUUUGGAUGUGGUUACCAAGUAUCUAACCCUUGAACUUCUAGACAGUAUUGCCACAUCUGGCCAAAUAUGCACUUUCCCUAGAAAGCCAUAUUCCAGCAAUGACACUUGUGCUAUAGUGUAGACCACCUGUACAUACAUUGUAUAGGCCAUCUGUAAAUAUCCCAGAAAACAAUCACUAUUCUUAAGCACUUUGAAAAUAUUUCUAUGUAAAUUAUUGUAAACUUUUUCAACGGUUGGGACAAUGGCAAUAGGAUAAAACGGGUUACUAAGAUGAAAUUGCCAAAAAAUUUGUAAACUAAUUUUGUACGUAUGAAUGAAACCUUGGACCUCAGUGGAGGCUUGCAAAGACUGAGUGUUCAAACUACUGUACAUUUUUUUUUCAAGUGCUAAAACAAUUAAACCAAGCAGCUUACCCACGGUUUGUGCCUAUUCCUCUAGGAUAAACUUCUAUAAACAGCCUGAGUAGAAUCAAGCGUUCUAAUGAACUAUAGAAGCUACGUGAUACAGACCUUGAUGUUGCAUAACUAAGCCUGUAAUUUGGCUACUUUCUCUUACAACCAAGUACCAAGAGAACAAGGUACCACUUAAUAUUUGUUCCCCAAUUAUUUAUUUUGUAAAAGAAGCUGACUUAGCCUAUACCUAGGAUUCCUCUUGUUCAGGGGGAAGUUCCUUUUCUCAUUCAUUUGUUCCCUGAUCUAGAAACCUGUGCUAAGAUUUCUGGCAAUUCUGCUUCUUCAUGCUUAAGUCUCUGUUUUCCGUGUCCUAUCAUUAUAUGUAGCUCCAGGAUGAGUGCUUCUUGUCCUUGAGCUAAGUAUGUUCUGCUUUUAUACGUGUACACAGUCUUCCAUGAAGAGGGCUGGAGAGGUAACAUUCAGUGCCAUUCUUGAACUCUAAGGUAGUGGUUCUCAGUGGGGUUAACAUCUCCAUCCUCUGAGAACAUGUUAAAAAUGCAAGUUCUCAGGUCCCUUCCCAGACCUGCCGAAUGAGAAACUCUGGGGGUGGGGUCCAGGAAUAUGUUUCCACAAGCCCUUCAGGUGAUUGUGAUGUAAGCUCACAUUUGAAAAACCACUGUUCCAAUGUGACUUCAUGGAUAACCUGCAGUACCUUCUAAUUUUGGAGUCUGGCUGGCAUGGAUUCCUUCUAUGGAAAAUGUCUGACAUUUUUAGUAUGAAGGGCAAACAAGGAAUUUGGGUAGAAGAAAAAGCACGGGGCUUUAAUAAGUUUUCCAUCAGGUUGGCCAUUGCCUCGUUUCUCUCAAGUCUCAGGAUGUGGGCAAGCAAGGGAAGAUAGGAGGCGUGAAUUCCUGGGAAGAUGCUCUAAUUCCAAAAUGAGGUGCAGAGUCUGCUGCAGAAGGCAGGAUUCCUUUUGGGAUUAAAUGACCAAUGCGGGAGCAAGAGGAUGAAGAGGUAUUUUGAGAUAAGUGGAUGACAGAUCGGUGGGUGACUUAUAUUCCACUUGCACGUGGAAUAUAAGUAAGGCAGCUGACACCUCGGUUGUGGCUUAGGCAGAGAUCACAAUCCAACAUGAAGUUGCUUCUGCCAUAUUGUUUAAUAGAUACCUGUUGUGAUUUUGGUCAGAUAGAUCAAGGUGAAAGGCAUGGGCUUUUGUUGGGGGGUGUGCAAUUCCGGAAUAUAGAAGGAAGAGGCUGUAGCUGUGAAGGCAGGAUUCUUCAGCUGUCCACCUGUUACUUCCUCUUCAAAUAGUCACUACACUAAACAGGAUGUGGCCUGCCGACAUAGGGUAUCUGAAGUGCCCAUGUGAUAAGUAGGUUAGCAUUCAUCGUAUCUGAACUCUGAAGGCCCUUUGGUUGCCUGGUACUUUGACCCUAUGCUACAAAACCCACUGAUUUAUUUUUUUAAUUGGAGCAACACAAAGUUCCCUCCUGGGAAGCUUGAAGAUACCAGUGUUUUCCCCCAUUACGAGGACUGUGUAGUGCUCAUCAACUUUAAGGCCCAAAGCCAUAGUUUUUAAGAAUAAAAUCAAGCAUUAUUCUCCAUCAUCUCCUCUUACAUUCCAGUCCCACCUGUAUUCUUUUAGGUUCAAGGUCCCAGUCUCCAACCUUCUAAGAGUCUCCAACCUCCAUCUUUUACCUUGCCCUACCCCCUGUAAGUAGCCAAGGACAGAAACUCUAACUCAAGUGCUGAAGAUAUGAAGUAAUUAUGUAUUAAGAAUAGUUAAUAUGGCUUGUCAAUUCAGCAUGUAAUGACACUUUAUGAAGAACUAGAGCCUUGGGCUUCAGUAUCCAAAUAAGAGCUAUAAAAGUCCUACAUGAAACAUAUUGGCCUAAGUUUGCUAUGUCCAGAGAGUUUACUAGACAAGGCGAGAAUUAGUUAAGAGGUAAAAUAUGAAACUUAUCAAACAAUGAUGGAAGAUGCUUGGAAUCAAGUGAGUCGUACACAGUCACUGAAAGUGGGUCCUCUAGAGACUUUAGGACUUGCUGCAAAGACGGGUAAACAAUGAGUAAAUACAUUUGUGGCCCCUGGUAAAGAAAUCCAGCUGCGUCCCUGAGUCCAAAUUUUUAAGUGGCCUUUGUAAGCUGUCUGUUUGGCAAGCAAGUACCCCCAGUUGUUCAAACAACCCCCUUAAGACAUUCUUACAGCUAUUUUAAAGCCAUGGCAUCAUCUUCAAGCCUCCAGUGUUCUAUUCUUGAUGAACACAAGGCAAAAAAAAAAAAAAAGAGAGAGAGACUUCGACUUUGGCACUUACUUCUGUUCCUUGUAUCUUUGGAAGUCAGAUAGCCCUUCUCAAAAAAUGAGAAGACGGGCUUUAAAUAGCAAAACUAUAGGGCAUUGAAAAGGACUAACUCUUCAGUUUAAUGCUUAGAAAUGGGAGACCUCACUGAAGUAUACCUUUUAACUCUCUUCACCCCCCCAAAGCAAAAGAUCCUGGUGGAGUGUUCCAUCUCAUUAGUCUAACUAGAGGAAUUUUCUAAAAUUCUUACCUAGUGAAGAGGUUUAUUCUUUUGAACCCAAAUGGAAGCUAGAAUCCCUGAUUUUAGUGGGAGGGAAACUUGCAAAUGGCUUAUUCACUUUUGCUGUGAUAACUUACGUUCGAGAAUUUAGAACACAACCUGCUCGUCCUGAUCAUGGAGUUUGAGCUCCACGGUUUCACAAUUAAGCAACCAGCCUGACUCUUUGGAAAAACUGGGAAUUAUAUGAUCAAUGUUUUAGCCACAUCAUGGACCUAAACUGUGGAGGUUCAGGAAUAUGUAGAAGUAGAAACAGUCUCCAAAGAUACCUUGUUUCCAAAUAUAGGAGACAUGAAUCUCAAGAUUCUACAAUGGCAUUUUGGGGACUUAUUUCUCUCAAGUCAAGCAUGGAACUUUUCCAAGUCAAAACGGUUUCAUGCAAGGGGGAGUAAGCCUUCUAUGUACAUCAUCCUCGUCUGCUUUCACAGAUCAAAAGCUGAGCACGAGUUAGCAGCGAGGUCCUAUGCAUGAAUCUUGGGGGGUCUGCAGAUAAGCUAUUAAAGAACAGAUGACAGGAGUGUCUCUACUGUGUCUCCCAAAUCCGUUGAGCAUUUCUGAGCCUGGCUUAUUCAAGAAACAGGAACCAAGGGGGACCACCGACUGACAGUCUCCCUGUAAACCUACUAGCGAUGAUCUCAGAAGGAAGCCCAAGAUAGGGUGUAGGUGGGUCGUGGGCUCUGCAGGGGAGCAGAGCAUCCAGAGUUUGCUUCUUCACUUUGCUUAAGGAGAAAGUCACAGAUUGGCAGCAAGGAGGUUCACAAGCACUGACGGUGGUGUCGGUCUUGAUGUGGUCGUUUGGGCAAGCUGCUAAGCCCUUCUCGAGGUGGACGUGGUGCGGACUGUGUUGCUGUGCCAUGGUGAGGGUCAAAUGAGAGUCCACAGAAGGGCUCAGCACAGUGCCUGGCACGUAGCGGGUGUAAGGCGAGCGUUUCCGCUGGAGAUCGCUCUCGAUGCUAUGCCUCCAUUUAUUCGUUGUGGCACCAUCUAGAAAGUGCUAAGUGACUUUACCGGUGAGAGUGACAGUAACUUGACUCAUUACUGAGCCUAACAUGCACGAGACCUUGUCCCAACUGUUUCCCGCGACACUUGUCUGAUGAGAUACAGGUGGUGGUAUCACCUUUAUACAGUUACAAAGUCUUCAAGGCUUACGUGAUUGAAUCCUAGAAAUGGAGCUGGCAUAUCUCUGCCUCGACCUUUUGGCUUUACUGCCUGGGACAUGGAAACGAGUUUUUGGUGGCCUGCACAGUGUUUGGAUGGCAGCUCACACACUUUGAAUCUCCCUUCACUUCUUACCGUAUGCUUAAGAAUAUGCUAGAUCGAUGCUGGCAUGUAUUUUAUGUGAUCUUUAUGUAUUUUAUGUGAUUUUAUGGGACCUGGGUAGGUCAAUGUCUGCAUUUUAUAGAUGGGAAAACUGGGGCCACUGAUAACAGCAGAUUCCAAACUCUACAUGCUUACUGCCAUUCCCCUCUCAGAGAAGGAGGCAGAGCUGUGUCAAGGUUAAGAUGGAUGUCACUCCACACGGUUGCGGAGUCCCCUUAACUACCGAUGUUAGGGGUCCUUGAGCAGUUUCCUAGGUGUCUCAGAUGCCCUUCAUGGCUGGCGUCCAAUAUGGGGGCAUGCCGGAAGUAGAAAACUAGCGGUCCCUCGGGUCAGCACAGAAGAAUAUUGUCAGUUACAUGCUGUGAGCCAAGAUGCCAGAAGUCCCAGCAUUAUUUUCCUUGGCUGUCUAUAUCAAGUAGCAGCAGGUUACUGGAUUGCAACGUGAAAGGUAAAGAUUCUCUGAAGGAAGCGCUGGGCAUGCAACAUCCCUCCUGUGUAGACAGAUACUGGAGCCAACAAGCUGUACUACCCCCUGUCAUACACUGUAAGGUUCUCCUAAGGAAAGACACACCCAAGCAGAGAGGAAGGACAAUAACUUGGGUCAACUCAACUGACUGAUGGGUCUUAGGUAUUCUGGAAUCCACCCCUGACACCUGGGUUUUUCUCAGUUUAUACACAAGCACUGGGGGAAAGAAUUCUUUGGGGG